CUCCUCCCCGGUGGAAUAUCUGUGACAGAGCAGCUGUAUCCCCUGACAAUAGACCCUCAGCGCUUUUAGAAAAGGCGACAUUUGCAUUUCCAUUGUGCUGACGCUUGUUUGGGAGGCAACUCAACUCUUACUUUUUGUGUCAUGCUGAACAGGGGGAGGGAAGGUUUUUGGGAUGUUUUGUGAUUAAACACUGACGUCCCAUUCGCUGCUGACGCUCAGCUGACUGCAAACUAUGCUUUUGUUUUAGCGUUUGGGGAAAAGAAACAUGUCACGCGUGCAGAAAAGUACUUGUUUGUCUGUUUAUGAAUAGUAGAAACUUAGAGUGGUGACAGGGUUUGCAUGGAUGCUUGAAAUACUCGUCAUUGAUGUGUUUUCAAGGUUUGAAAAGUGCUUGAAAAUACUUAAAAUUGUAACUUUAAUGUCUUUCACAAGAAAUAGCUUUGACUAAAUGGUCGUUAAAAUAAAUUAUAGUAAAUCAACUAGUUCUGAAAUACUUUGACGCCAUGUUCAAAGUCAUUGAGAUUGACUUUCUUCUACGAUCUGAUCUUAAUGUCUAAAGUUGUACACAUGUUUAGAUGUUUAUGUUGACCAGCAGUUGAGCAGGUGUACUUAAUAAUGUGAUUUAUUAUAAUUCUGCGACGUCGAAACACAAUUUUGGUGUGAUAAUUACGUUUUAGUAUGUGUGUUUUUGUGUAAAUUCAAUACUGAUAUCAGUCUGAUAUGGUCAUUUUUCAUCCUUGUAUCAAAUUUUUUGUCAUGUUUUAACAAAUCUGUGCUUCGUGAUAUCUGAUCCCGUGAUUUUAACCAGUAUCGGGCAGAUACCGAUACUGGCUGACACUCUACUUAUUUCAUCACGGAGACUGGGAGACUGAGGCCCUUGAUAGAUGGCCAACAGAGAUGCCCCACUCUGAGCAAGGAUACAACGGGGAGGGAAAAUACCUCCCUGCAUUCCUGCUCUGAAAGAAUGCAGCGUCUAUCAUGGCCUAGCGGGGUCAAACUUCCAGUCAGGGGCAACUGAAGUCUCAUUUGGCUGAGAUAUUUCACUUUAGUCUGACAUUUGAACUUGGGAACUUUGUGGAAAAACUCCAAACACAGUUGUCUUAGUUUGGACUGGUGUCUUUUGAGGACCGGUGAUGUCUUUUCAACUUCUGUCUUUCUUCUUCGCUCAUAUAUUUGCAAAGAUUAACAAGAUAAAUUGACCUAAUCAGUUGUAAGCUAAGCGGCUAAGCUCUGUACGGACCAUAUGGCUGUGACAGAUCUGUCUCCCCGUCCUGUCGUGAAAGCCCUUCACAAUUAAAGAGAGGCUCACCACAGCCAAUAUGCGGGUUAUUUGGCCAGACCUUAUUCUGGAUCAAUGUCUGCUCAAGGAUUUAAUGGAAAUGUAGUCAUGCUGUAUAUGAGCUUUUACUGAUUAUCCUAAUAAAUCAGCUGUUAGAGUGGCGUUAGUGCAACUUGGUUCCAAGCAGGUCGUCCACACCUUGCAGUGUUUGUUGAAAAGAAUCAUAUGAGCAUUAGUCUUAGUUUUAGGGAAGGAUAACUUGUUUUUUGUGCAAUAAAAGUAUCCUGGUUAAAUAGACACUCCUGUUUAGCCCUCAAACUUUGCUCUACGAUCCUUGCCUCAGAAAGUAUACAAAAAACGUCUUUAGAAUGCUUUUUCUGCUCAUGGUUGAUGGCGAUGUGUCCCCCUGCUGUCCCCCCUCUUUUCCCUUGCACUCGCCACCCAUCAGGCCAAAAUGGUUGAUGUUGUAUCUCCGCGCGCUAUGCCGUCAGAAACCGAAGUACAUGUGGCGAGGAACUUUCUCACCAAGAUUUUGCGAAGCUCUAUGAGGAGGAGCCGCUUCAAAGGAAAGAAUGAUCCGGGCUCGCGGCCCCAUUCCUGGCACUCCUCCAAGCUGACCGAAGUGGAGUCAGAGCCCGUUGGGAGAGAGGCCACCCCAGCACCAGUCUGGCAGCUGAAACAUGAAGCAAGGUCCAAAGAUUUGUCUACUCAAGGGGAACAAAGCAUUCAGCAUCAGUCCAGCUCAGUGAACAACAUGGAGAGACUGGACCGACCCUCUCACCCUUACCCACACAUUCGUCUUUCCCCAACCAAACACAUGAGCAGCACUGAGCCUCUCAGUGGACCAGGUGGCAAAAGAGAAUCUGGGUUCAGCUGUUUCUCCAACAGCUCCAGCCCUCCUGUUCACCUUCAGAGUACAUACGCUAGGAAGGGUACCAGCACUGAAAACGUUUUUUUCAAGGGCUUUCAGGGCGAAGGCCUUCAACAGGCUGGGCGGCCCAGGUACCUACAGCCAACCCUAGGGAACGGAUGCUGGGAGGGUUCACAGGCAGAGGAGCGGCCUGCUUCUCGGGUUUCCAUUACAGGGAAACCCAGCAUCAGCCCAGUUUGGCAGGUACCGGAGAAGAAGUCCCAGUCUCCUCCUCCACCUCCUCCCCUGCGUAGUGACAGUUUUGCCGCCACAAAAGUGUUCCCUUAUUCCGAGGGGCCAAGUGGUCUAACAAAGACUUAUGGUAGAUCAACAGAAAAACUGGCUGAAAAUGACCAGAAUAGAUCUCACCAGGAGAAGACCUCAGAAGCCAGACGUAGCUUCAACCCCUUAUCCACCAAAGAUUUUCUCCAUCCCGGCACAACAGCUGAUCACAACCACAACCAGCUGCACCCCAAUAAACUCUUCUCCUUGUCCAGCAAUGAUGUUAGACAGCCUCAGUAUACCCAAAUACCUGCCCACCAGAGGCAAUACAGCGAUGAAAGCCCCUUCUACCUGCAGACAAGAUCAACCCCGACCACCAAGACUCAAAGUGUAGGAAGCUACUAUCGUAGCCUUCAGGAUCUGCCCACAAAUGUCUUUAGCCGUAAGCAUGUCCGGCACUCCACAGCAUCUAUUACAAGUUCAGCUGCAAACCCAAACUUUGAUAGCAGCGGGUACAGCAGACACUACGGUCUAGCAAGCAAGCAUUCAGUCCAGAUUGCUGAGCUCCAAGCCUGGCAGGGCAAAAUAGAGAACUGGAGGGGGGAAACGGGUAAACUCCACUGGGUAAACAGCAAUGAACCAGGCUUCCCAUGUUCCUUGAAGGGAAAUGUCAUGGCAAAUUACUCUCUACCUCAGUCCAAAAUGCCUUACAGUGGGAAUGGUCUAUAUUAUGACCAUCAAACGUCUGAACAUUCUAAUCGUAGCCGCAGCCCAGAGAAUGCUGCCAACAGAGGUGAGGGGCCCACUAAUGACAUCAAAAGACAGUUUCCAACACAUCCAACAAAUGAUCAUAAGAUCAAUCUUCCAAGGCAGCAAGACCCAUGGGUGCCUCAAGAAGACCACAGAAUAUCCCCCCAUAAAACACCACUUCUCCACUCCCUGACCCAGGAAAGUAGGAUUCUCACUGAAAGGCAACCAGCAGCGAUGACCACAAGUGUCUUGUCCACCCAGGAUACUGGUGAUAACAUGUCCCCCAGCGGUGGAAAAAUGAAUCGCCGCAGCGACCGCUAUGCCACAACUCUCCGCAAAGAGAUACAACAGAAACGGGCUCAACUGCAGAAGAGUCGCAGUGCUGCAACCUUGACUUGUGAUGCAGAUGAUGAUGAGGUAGAGGAGUGGAGAUCCACUGAGACUCCUACAUCUUCUGGUGUGUCAUUUACCAACACCUACAAAGACCACCUGAAGGAGGCACAGGCCAGGGUUCUCCAGGCCACUUCCUUCCAGAGACGUGACCUCGAGCCCUUUGGACCAGAGGUGCCAGUACUUAAAACUUCUAAUGGACGGAUUAGAGGACGUAAGCGUUUCCCCCUGGCAAAGAAAACACAUUCCUUUUCAGAACCUGACAAGAUCGAUAAAGUAGGAGUGGAGGGAGAGCCUCAAACAGGGUCUUCUGGAGAACAGAGGAAGUAUUUUGAGGGCAAACCAGCAUUUUCCAGACCUCUACUUAAGUCAAAUAAGGUUACCAACUUAGACCAUGACCUUGGUGAGAUAAGCAAAGACAGAUCUCCCUCUGAACGGCCUGAGCAGUCUAACUCUUCCACAGACCCCAACCACCUCAGCCCACAUGGUCAUAAGCAGAAUUUGCUAGAGCAGCAGAGGCUCGGGACCUUCGCUGAGUACCAGGCCACGUGGAACAAGCAGAAGAAGUCACCAGAGGCAAGGAUUCAAGGGCGGUAUCACUCUGCUGAAAACAUCCUGGAUGCAGAGGAAAAACCCAUCUGCAUCCAUGAGAAAUCAAGAUCUUCCCCUUCUGCAGACUUCCAUACACAGAGUAUUCCCUCAUCAUGGAGAGACCCUCAAGCUCAAGAGAGCAGUCACCAUACCAGUGGAGAGGCAGAGGACACACUGCAAUACCAACCUGACCACAGCCCACAGUCUGCUCCGUCAGUACCCAGAAACGAGGGCCCAGUACCAGGCCUCUCUGACCACGGGACCAAACCUAAUGCUGCUAGUCCCUCCCAAACCACACUCUCCUCAGGCCCUCGAAGCCUCAGCCCCAACACUGGCUCCCAGCCUCCACAAACCAAGGGCCUCCUGCCACCACCCAGGACCCAUUUAGGCCCAGAAACCACAUCCUCCUCCCAGGAAUUCCUCUCUGGCGCCCAGUCGGACCCGGCAGCACUCCAGCCUCUGUCCAGUUCUAGCUCUGACGGCCAGCACCAUGCUCCUGCCCAGGUCUCCUCCUCUGCUAGCCCCGCCCCAGUCGGCUCCCCUCACCUCAGUCCAACAUCUGCACCAGACAUGAGCAAAGGAGAUGUUGAAGCAGAGCAGGAGGAGAAGGAGCAGCUGCUGCUUCUUCCCUCCCCUUCAUCCCCAUUCUCCUCCUGGACGCCGGCUCUCUUCAUUCCCGCAGCCGAUCGCGCGCGGUCUCCAUCGCCACAGUUUGCACCACUGAGGCUGACGGACAAGCCGCCAACCGCGUCCGUGCAGGAUGAUUCAUCGCUCAGGUCAGAAAUGAAGUUGAAGCUUGCAGAAGUGAUGGAUGUCAACAGUCCAGUGAGGAAAGUCCCCGUGAAGAUUGUCCACGCUGACAGCAGCUCAGACCGGGAGGGACGUGCCUACCUUCCCCAAAGCAGUGACACCUUCAGCAGCUUUGUGCCAUCGCCCUUCAUCCCCAGCCUGGGUGCCACAGAGCACCCGGCGUCGUCCCUGUUCAGCGCUUACACGCGACAGGUCGCACAGGACCGAGGUCAGGCGCCGACGUCGACCCAGGAGUCGGUCCAAGAGUUGAGCUCCACGGGCGCUCGGCACUUGGAAGAGGAUGCGAAGCGAGAGGAACUGGCCCGGGACAUCAUGGGCAGAGACAAGUCCCUUGUGGACAUCCUUGACCAGAGUGGCAGGAAGACCACCAUGGACCUCAUGGAGGGACUCUUUCCCCCAGAGGGGGAGAUCCUGGAGGGAGCCCAACAGAGAAGGAGGGCCUCAUCCAGCUCCAGGCUGCCCCCAUCAUCUCCCCGGAGCGUGGACAGGAGGGAGGAGGACGACGUGUCCGUGUCAGCAGCGGCGUCUCUGGUCCCCAGCUCCUCCUACUACAACACGUCCGCUCCCAAAGCCGAACUUCUCAUCAAAAUGAAAGACAUGCAGGGGCAGCUGGAGGAGCAGGACUCUGAGGACGAGCUGGACGUUGACCUAGCAAGUAAAAAACAAGAGCUGAUCACCAGCCUGGCUAAGAAGCUGGAGAUACUGCGGGAGGCACGGCAGAGCCUGCAGGAGGACGUGGAGGACAACGAGACUCUAGGGCGAGAGGUGGAGGCCACCGUGCAGUGUCUCUGUCAGCCCAACCAGCUGGACAAAUUCCGCAUGUUUGUGGGCGACUUGGACAAAGUGGUGAGCCUGCUGCUGUCGCUGUCAGGGCGGCUCGCGCGGGUCGAAAACGCCCUCGACAGCCUGGAGGACGAUGCUUCACCGGAGGAGAAGCGCACCCUGACGGAGAAACGCAAGCUGCUGAUGCGGCAGCACGAAGACGCCAAGGAGCUGAAGGAGAACCUGGACCGCAGAGAGCGGCUGGUGUCGGGCAUCAUGGAGGUCCACCUGGACGCGGAGAGCCUGGAAGACUACCGGCACUUUGUGAAGAUGAAGUCCGCGCUCAUCAUCGAGCAGCGCAAGCUGGAGGACAAGAUCAAGCUGGGGGAGGAGCAGCUGAAGUGCCUGUUGGACAGUCUGCCACUGGAGCAGAGGCCACUGCUCUGAUGACUUCACCUGAAGGUGCAACACGUAGCAUUUGUCGUUGUCUUUGUCGUUUUAAUGACAACCACACACUUGUGUAGCUCUGUUCCACCAAAUAGUUUUUAAGUAGUUAAUAUUUAAAAGAAAAAAAAAACACUUUUUGCACAUGUUGACCAGACAUGAACAGAGUCACUGGUAUUAACUGUAAUUAACUGAUUAAUUCAUGUUUUAAAUGGAUACUGUAAAGAUGACACAGAGAGGAUUUGUCUCUAUGUAUUGUUUACUGCUCUUUUUUUUUUUUUCUAUUUUUUUUUCAAUAAGUGUUUGGCCAUGUGGUUAAAAAUUGGUCAUUAUUUACAAAGAAAUAUAAACAUUUAUUUCAAUAAUGAAGGAGAACUGACUGAAAGAACAUCAUCCUUUUGUUAAUGAUGUUUUUAUACUUAUAUUUAUGUAAAUUUCCCAUUAGAAGAACAGUGAUGCUUGGAGGGCAUAAACUGUACCUCCACCUCCGUGUUCGUCCAAAAACAUUGGAUUUCAAACGCUCCAAAGAAGCUCGGGCUGUCACUUUUCAUUCAAAAUACAAUAUGUGUUGCUGCACACCCUUCAGUGUCCAACAGAGGGCGCUUGUAAGGUUUCCCACAGCACUCAAACACGUUGACAGACUUGUUUUCUUGGCAAAUAACAUUAGAAAAGAAGUUUUAAUUUGAGUUAAAAGCCGCCGGAGCUUCCUCGUGUUGUCAGUGAUUUCACGUUGAGUGUUUAUUCCAAGUGUUAUGAACACUAGCAGCACUGGUAAUAAAGAGGGAGCAGCGAUGGCAGUUCAAAUUAUUAUUGUUAUUAUUAUUAUUAUUAUUAUUAUUAUAAAUGUGUUCAAACGUGCCAGCCUAAGAGAAAUCAUUACCUGAAUAUACUCUUACCAAAUUAAAUUCUCAGUCAGUACACUAUCAGAUCCGUUUGGUUGGAUCUUCCAAUCUCUUUCCUCGCUUUCUUAUUCGUGUUGCUGAGUUGUAUUUUUAACGCCCCCCCACACUUUACAUCGCUGCAUUUAUACUUAAUUAUCACUAAGUAUGUUUUAAAGAAAUAUUUACUAGUAAUUUAUUGUAGCUUUUUAUGAAAAUGCGUACGGAGUGUCGUUAAAUUCCACUCUUUUUGCAAAGAAAAUGUAAUGAAGAGUUUGAUUCCCAAAUCUCAUAAAUGAGCUUGAGUUUACAAUUCAGUUUUUAAAGUGUUACCGUCAAGAUUUCUUUUCCACUUUUUGAAGAGAAAACCUUUCUUCUUUCCUCUGUGUAGCGUAUAAUUCUUUACGAGUAGCUGUCACUGUUACAUUCAAUACACAUCUCAUGUUGAAAUGGACCUUUUAAUUAAAUUAAAUUAAAUUAAAUUUAAUGCUGGUGGAUUUGACUUCAAUCAAUGUACAUUUUCUCCUUUUCUAAAAUAAAAGCUGAUUUACGUGGAGGUCAGACAAAAGGUUAGCACUUUACUCUCUACAUAUAUACAGUAUAAUUAUAUAUAUAAGCAUAUUUAAAUGAAGAUGUGCCUACUGUGGCCUCCCUCUGCUGUGAUUCGUGUACAGCCCUCACUUCUAUGUAUGCCGUGUGCUCUUUCACCGACAUGAAAACAAUAAAAUGAUGACUCGGAGAGAUCGUGA